AUGCAUGAAGUCCAGGCUGGUACACCACAAUCACAACACGGACCUCCCCCAAACGGUACACCUCAACCACCACCUUCUCAACUUCCUCCAAACCAGCCCGUACAAUCCCAAGGUGGACAACCCACCCACCAGGCGACUCCAAACCCCCAGCCACAGAAAUUGCCUCAAACUCAACAGCCCGGACAACAAAAUGGACAACCGGGUCAUCAGCAACAACCCCAUCAAGGUCCGCAGGGUCAGCAGGGCCAACAGCCUUCCCAGCAAGGCCAACAGCCUAUGACUGCCCAGGAGCAUCAGAUGAAAGCACAAGCGCAACAGCAACAGCAGCAUAAUGCUGCGAUGAUGAUGCAACAACAGAGAAUGAACCGCCAAAGCUCUUCGAUUUUAACCCUGAACACCUACGCCGAAUUAUUGGGUUCAUUUGAGAGCCAAAAUGAAACCAGCGACUUCACAUACUGGCAGGGCUUUGUUGACCGGUUCUUUACUCCUAUGGGUGUUCUGCGCCAAGGUGUUUGGAACCCUCAAACUGGCUCUAAGCAAUUUGAGAUUUCAACUCCGGCACUUGCACGGUACUACCUCACCCAAUUUUCGAGUGGUAUCAGUCGUAUCCAGAUGGUGGUAGAAGGUGCCCGUGAACGGGAUGCUCCCAAUGGCGGGCAUAUAGUCGAGAGCCAGCGGACCUAUUUCAUAUACUGGUUCCCGAAUGAUUGUCAGCUAUUUACCAGUAGCCACCUGCGUGCUCAUUUCGAUGCCAAUAACAAGCUUGAGAUGCUUGAUAUUAACGUUUACAAUCACAAAGAAUUUAUCUCCCGAAAUUAUCUUCAGAGUCUGGAGGCAUCUGAACAAAAACAGAGCCCCAAGCUUACCAAAAAUGCUGCGAAGCGGGCACAGAAGCAAGCCCCGUCAAUAUCACUCCCAGAAUCCAUGGUCACUGCCGACGGCGUGCCUACUGCCGUGAUGGGAUUCUUGGAAGUGGCCGAGACAAUUUCCCAGAUGCAAAUCCUCCUGUCAUUUUCCCAUUCGCAUCCAGGAUUGUCUGCUCCUGAAGCUCUCCGCAACCUUGUCAAUACUCUACAAACACAGACCCCUAGUCCCUAUGUUGGAUUCGCGCCUCCAAUGGCGCAAGGCAUGCAAAUGCCUAUGCAGCAACUUGCCCGGGCCCCCAGCAUGAAUGGGCCCCCUCAAUUUGUUUCCCCCGCUAUGGCUCAUCUGGGUCUUCCGGGUUCACAGGGCUCGCCUCUUAUGGCCGGCUCAGCCCACGCCAGCCCUGCCCAGAGUCAACUUGCAGGCCCUCCUGGAAUGCCGGGCUCUGUUCAACCAUCUCCGGUCAUUAUGAAUAACAGCCCUAAUGUCGGGGGUAACAAGCGCCGCCGGGCAAGCACUGUCAAAAUGGAAGAGGACGGCGGAAUUGAGACUAAUGGCACUGCACCUCUUCCCGGCAAGGUCAAAGCUAGUCCCCGAGUAACGAAACGGCAGAAAGGGGCAGCUGCAUGA